UGCAAUGGAACCCCAGUGCAAACGCAGAAAACCAUCAGAGAAUGAGACUAUACCGUGGGACGUUUUCCCUGUGCUCUCGGACGAGCAGUCCCAGAGCAUAACGUUACUGGAUGCCUAUGCUGCUCCCAUCAUCAACAAGAAGGAAACGUCUCGCAUCGUGAAAGAGCUCACCUUAUUGUAUCCGCUGCCAGGUCUCCAGCACCUCAAGAGAGUGAGAGCAUGCAAAGGCAGCGGCAGCACGCACCCUUUAGAGGUCAUUGUGUGUUUAGUUAACGAUGUACGAGACAUUGAUAGCAACACGGACAUGUCCAUCUCAACACUGCUGCCCCGUGCCAAAAUGGACAGCACGGGAUUAGGUGCACCGUUUUUGGUGAAAAUCCCGGCAUGCCCUCCGCUGACUAGACCUCAGUUUGAGCAGGCUAGCAGACAUUGGCCGACCUCCUUCCACGAGGAUAAACAGGUGACUGUGGCUUUAAAGGGACAACUGUUCACCGCAGACCAGAAAGCCAAGAUGCAGGAGUACAUGACGGCUGCUGUCAUGGCAGCAAAAGCAGGACAAGAUCUGGGAAUGGAUGCUGUGGGCGCUGUCAUUGUUGAUCCACAAAGUGGGAGGAUCCUCGCUCGGGGUCAUGACAACAGACGAGGCACUCAUCCACUGCACCAUGCUGUUAUGGUUUGCAUUGAUCUUGUGGCUCAUGGGCAGGGGGGUGGGGCCUACAAUUUUGAAAAGUACCCAGCCUGUCAGUUUUUAGCUGUAGAUUCUUCACACUGCCCAGAAAACGGUGACAUUUCAUCCUCCAGGAUCAUGUUUGACUCUGAUCAAGCAGAGCAGAGCUGUGUGCCGUACAUCUGUACUGGGUAUGAUCUGUACGUGACCCGAGAGCCAUGUGUGAUGUGCGCAAUGGCGCUGGUGCACUCUAGAAUAAGCAGAGUGUUCUAUGCUACCACCUCAUUGGAUGGGGCUCUGGGAACUAAGUACAAAAUUCACACUCAGAAGGACCUGAAUCACCACUUUGAGGUAUUCAGAGGAGUCUUGAAACAGGAGUGUGAGGACCUCAAAGAUAGUAGUGCCCCAAUUAAAUCACUAAAAUCAUAACUUUUUUACGUGAAAUCAGAUUAUGACCUGGUUUUGCACACCUUGUAAUGACUCAUCAGGCCACUUUUAACUGUACUGCGUUAAUAUUUUUUGUUUAUGUGUAGGCCCAGGAAGGGACAAGAAUCUUGUGGGAGAUUUGAGUUGUCAU